UUUUUUUUUCUGGACUUUAGGCAGAAUUAAACAACUGAUAGAACUUGACUACUUGAAUCCAGGCAGUAUACGUCUCUUUAUUCUUGAUGAAGCAGAUAAGCUUUUAGAAGAAGGCAGCUUCCAGGAGCAAAUAAAUUGGAUUUAUUCUUCCUUGCCUGCCAGUAAACAGAUGUUGGCAGUGUCAGCUACUUACCCUGAAUUUUUGGCUAAUGCUUUGACAAAGUACAUGAGAGAGCCCACUUUUGUAAGACUAAAUUCCGGUGAUCCGAGUCUCAUAGGUUUGAAGCAGUACUACAAAGUUGUCAGUUCAUACCCUUUGGCCCAUAAGAUUUUUGAGGAAAAGACUCAGCAUUUACAAGAAUUGUUCAGCAAAAUUCCAUUUAAUCAAGCCUUAGUCUUUUCUAAUUUACACAGCAGAGCACAACACUUGGCUGAUAUCCUUUCUUCUAAAGGCUUUCCUGCAGAGUGCAUUUCAGGCAACAUGAAUCAGAAUCAGCGUCUUGACGCUAUGGCUAAACUGAAGCAGUUUCAUUGCAGAGUCCUCGUUUCCACAGAUUUGACUUCCCGUGGAAUUGAUGCUGAGAACGUGAAUCUGGUUGUAAACCUGGAUGUACCAUUGGAUUGGGAGACAUAUAUGCAUCGGAUUGGCAGAGCUGGCCGUUUUGGUACUUUGGGACUGACAGUGACCUACUGCUGUAGGGGAGAAGAAGAAAAUAUGGUGAUGAAAAUUGCCCAGAAAUGUAAGAUCAAUCUUCUGCCUUUACCAGAUCCUAUUCCUCCUGGUCUGAUGGAAGAAUGUUUGGAUUGGGAUGUGGAGGUUGAAGCUGCCAUGCAUACAUAUGGCUUAGCAAGUAUACCUACACAGACCCUAAAACAAAUUCAAAAAAUAGAGAACACCUUUCAAACUCAGAAAGCUCAUGGUAACCACAUGGCUUCAUCUAGAAAUACUUCUGUAUCUGCACUAUCAGUCAAAUCAAAAAAUAAUACCAAACAAAAGCUUCCUGUGAAAAGCCACUCAGAGUGUGGAAUUGUAGAAAAAGGCAUGUCACCAAAAGAACUGGGUUGUGCCGUACAAUUGGAAGAGCAAAUGAAGAAUUCUGUUCAGACCUCUGUUGAAAACUCUACUAACAGUCAGCACCAAGUCAAAGAAGCUUCUGUGUCACUCCCCAAAAUUCCUUGUCUGUCUUCCUUUAAAACCCAUCUGCCAUGUACUUUGACUUUUGCAGAAUUGAUGGAGGAUUAUGAACACUAUAUUAAAGAGGGGUUAGAGAAACCUGUGGAAGUCAUCAGACACUACACAGGUCCUGGGGAUCAGACUGUGAAUCCUCAAAAUGGUUUUGUGAGAAAUAGAAUUAUUGAAGAGAGAGUGCAGAUAUUGGCAAGUAGUAGCCAAUCUGGAGACUCUGAGAGUGACAGUGAUUCUUACAGUUCAAGGACUUCUUCCCAGAGCAAAGGAAGUAAGUCAUACUUGGAAGGUUCUUCUGAUACUCAGCUGGAAGACUUGGAGUCUAUUCCUGUGGGUGGCCAUAUCUCUUUGGAACAACCUCUGAAUGGAAAUGACACCCCUCAUCUAGUAGAGUAUCAAGAGUCACCUGAAAUCCAAAUAAAGGCAAGGCAUAAAGAGGGAGCUAACCAUAAACAGAGAGCUAAGCAGAGCCGGAGAAACCUUCCCAGGCGGUCUUCCUAUCGAUUGCAGACAGAACCCCAGGAAGAUGGUUGGUAUGACCGCCAUAGGGAAACACAUCUGAGUUUUUUUAAUACCUAUGAAGACUAUGAGGAGUACUGGAGAGCUUACUACAGGGCGUGGCAGGAAUACUAUGCUGCUGCUUCUCAGUCGUAUUAUUGGAAUGCUCAGAGGCAUCCAAGUUGGAUGGCAGCCUAUCACAUGAAUACCAUUUAUCUGCAAGAAAUGAUGCGUGGCAACCAGUGAUUAUAGGCUGUACGCCACGCCAUCUGGGAAUAUCAACAAGUGAUACCUUUGGAUUGCCAUCCUCCUUGACCUGUAGUAGCGUGGCAUAUAGUGGCAUUUGUGAGGAACUGGAGAAGUUUUGAGGCUUCCCACUGGGACACAUCUAGUUUUCAGAUUGUUUUGACCUAAAUCAACCUGAUUCAGGUCAGGUGAAUUAUCUUCUUUAAAGAAACUUCCUGGAUGAGAUUCUUGAAAGAAAAUUUGGGGGACAUAGAGCUAAAGGUCCCAGGGGUGCCAUUUUCUAUAAGCCAUUCCAAAUAGAAACACUUAAAAAGACUUAUACCACUGCUUACUUAAAAGAAAUAAAAAAAGUUGAGAUUUGAAAAAUAAUGCUAGUUUAUGCUGUGGAGUUCUUUCCAAAAGUCUUGGGCUUCAUUUCCAUAGAGGUGUGUUCUUGUAGAAAUUUGUAGCAUGGUAGAUCAGAAAGCCCCCUUUCCUUUUAGGUUUAGGCAGGAAGGAAUAAACAUUGCUUCAGACUUUCCCGAAGGUCCUUGAUUUGAUGCUCUUUGCUUCCAGUAAAAAUAUUUAUUACCAGUAAAAAUAGAAACUUAGCCAAGUGUGUUGACAUGUUUAUUGUUCAUCUUUUGAAUACCUUUUGUCUUUAGAAUUGUGGAAGCUGUCUGUGUUUUUGAUGUGCAUUAAAUAGCUAAGGAUCAUCAGUGGCUGUGUUGUUUUUGUUUCUCAGGAAAAGGAGCAGCUCUUAAUCUUUGUUGAUUUUUGGAUCCUUUUAUGAAUCUGAUGAAAACUAAUAGAUUUGUCCCAGAAAAUGUCUCAUUCUAUAAACAAGAAUUGUAUAUGUAAUUUCAAAGGGUUCAUAGACCCUUUGAAGCCCAUCUGUGGAACCCACGUUAAGAACUGCCCUAUUCUGCUGGUAGGCUAAGGGAAGUUUCUAGCAUUUUUCUGAGAUGCUGUAUCUGUAAAUUAUGAUUUAGAUAAAUAUAAUUGGAAGUUACAUAUUCUUUAAUUUCUUCUCUGUAACAGUUCUUUUAUGAAUAUACGAUUGGUUCCCAAACUUCUCUGUGAACGGAUUUGUGGUGAGAGAACCGAGUAUGAAUAGAGAUAUGUAUUUACUUUUUAAAAGGGAAGGGAAGCUCUCCUUUCCUGUGUGCAUACUUGUCUAGGCAAUAAAAACACUUUCUCCCACGGCUGUCAGCAAACAUCCACAGCCAUUGUCAUUUACUGUCUUGACACUCACAUAACACAGCCUUAAACUGUUUAACUUAGAUUCCUGUCAUUUGGGUUGGGCAAUGAUACGCUUUAUUUAUAUGUAACAGUACUGUACAUGUAUUGCCAAGUUAGAGUGAAUUAAUUAACACUGUAAAUAGCAAAUCCAUAAUUAGGUCCAGAAUGUCAUU